GACAUUAUAUAUAUAUUACACGGAGCAUGCUUAGACAUUGAGCACCAUUGCCAUUGCUAUUGUCGAGGGCGCUUUUAGUACUGUGUCAACCAGAUAGUGAAGGCGCCAAUGAAUGAAGCUCACUCGCUCUAGAGAUCAGAUCUGGACAGCCCUUCACAAAAUACAGCGCUGGCUGCUCCAAAACUUCAUCCUUUCGAGGCGGUCAGAGCAUGAUGCGAAGCCAGUCAAAAUCCCUCUGGCAUUUGUUAUUCACACUUUGAACAGAUGGCGGGCAGAGCACUCACAUUCCCUCAUCGUGGCUUCAAAGGCUGACAAAGACUGAAGUGCACUCGCUGUACAAGAAUCAAAACUUACGCAGGCUGCAGCACCGAAGCAGACCCUGGCAGGUCGACUGCCGUGCUGCAGGGUACUUGUGCAAAACAAAACGUACAAUGUGCUAUCGCUACAUAGAUAUCUAUGUACAAUUUCCUCGCUGCGAGAUGUACCAAUGUGGGCUCCUGCAGUUGGGCUGAAUCACUGUCCACGCUCAGAUGAGAUCUGUGCCGCCAUGACGCUAUACAAAUCUGCUGGCAAGCUGCCUACAUGGAAUUACUU